AUGGCAGGUAUGCCUCUGAAAAGAAAACAAUCAUCUGGAUGUCAAAAUAGGAAGAACCAAAAAAAGAGAUUGGCAUCUACUAAAUCUCUUGCAGGUUCUUUUGAUAAGUUUUUGAUUAGGAAUCAACCAAUAGUUGGGAACGCCACCAACGAAGAUGAUGCUACAGCUGAUAAGGGUAUGAAUGAGGGGAAUGAGAACGAUGGUAUUGCUGAUAAUGGCAUGAAUGAGGGGAAUGUAAGUGAUGGGGCUGCUGAUAAUGGGAUUGAGAAGGAUAAUGUGAAUGUUGGUAUUGGUGUUGCUAAUAAUGGUGUUAAUGAGGGGAUUAAUGGGAAUGUGAAUGUUGUUGUUGAUGAUAAUGGUGUUAAUGACAAUGAGAAUUAUGGAAGUGCUGCUAACGGUAUGAAUGAUUGUGUCUAUGAGGUGAAUAAUGAGAAUAAAGGUGCUGAUGGUGAUAAUAGAGAUAGAAAUGAGGAUGAUGCAAACACAACAACAGAAAAUAAUGAAGUUGGAAAUUGUGGUGAUAAGUUAACAGAUAGAGACAUGCUUGAUCCAGGUCAUUGGGAAACAAUUGAUAAAAAACUUGUUGAUUUUUUGGUAGAGAAGGGUCCGGUAAGAGUUGACAAUAUCAUAUUCCCUAGAGAUGACAAGAACGAUUGUUUCUCUAGCUAUCAUUACUUUCGGAAAUUGAGCAAUUUUGAGAAACAAGAUAGAAAAUGGUUAGUGUAUUCGAAAACUUUGGACAAGGUAUUCUGUUUUUGUUGUAAACUGUUCAUGAAAAGGGAAAGUAAUUAUCAGUUGUGCAGUACUGGGUUUAAUGAUUGGAAUAACCUAAGUGGAAGACUCGCAAGUCAUGAAAACUGUGGAGUGCAUCAUCGUUGUAUGUAUGAUUGGCUUGAGUUGGAAUUAAGAUUGAGAAAGGAAAAAACUAUCAACAAAAGAAUACAAGAACAGAUCAAGAAAGAGAGAAAACAUUAUAAAGAAGUAUUGGAGAGGAUGAAGGAUGAAGUGUUGUUUCUAGCGAAGAAUGGUUUAGCAUUUCGUGGCGAUAAUGAGAAAGUUUAUACAAAAAACAAUGGUAACUUCUUAAGCUUCAUAGAGACACUUGGAAAAUAUGAUCCCGUGUUAAAGUAUCAUCUGGAGAGCAUUGAAAAGAAUGAAAUGCGUACUCAUUAUCUCAGCCACAAGAUUCAAAACGAAAUGAUUUCAAUGCUUGCCGAUGCAACGAGAAAGCUUAUUGUCAAGAAAAUCCACGAAGCCAAAUACUUUUUAGUUAUUCUUGAUUGUACUCCUGAUGUUUCUCGCAGGGAACAAAUGUCUAUUAUCAUCCGAUGCGUAGAUGUUUCAACGGCAAGAAUCGAAGAGUAUUAUCUUGGGUUUUUGCGAGUGGAAGAUAAAACAGGAGAAGGUUUAUUUUUUGAACUUGAAGAUGCAUUAAUCAAUCUUGGGUUAAACAUUGAUGAUAUAAGAGGACAAGGGUAUGACAAUGGAGCAAACAUGAAAGGAAAACAUAAAGGUGUGCAGGCAAGAUUACUCGAGAUCAAUCCAAGAGCUUUCUACACACCAUGUGCUUGUCAUAGUCUUAAUCUCAUACUUUCAGAUAUGGCCAAGUCUUGUCCUAAAGCAAGUUCUUUUUUUGGAUCCAUACAACGUAUUUAUACACUUUUUUCAGCUUCAACCAACCGGUGGGAUGUAUUUAAAGAGGAGAUUGGAAAGAAGGGAUGGACACUUAAACCGUUGUCAGAUACACGGUGGGAAAGCCGUGUCGCAAGUGUCAAAGCAAUAAGAUACCAAGCUCCGAAAAUUCGAAAUGCUUUAGAGAGAUUGCGAGAUUCAUCCCCUAUCUCUCAAGAAGUCAGUACUGCCGACAGCUUAGUAAGUUUUGACUUGCAUAAUUUUGAAUUUUAUCUUAGCUUGACUAUCUGGUAUAGACUUCUGUUUGUUGUUAAUACUGUGAGUAAGUCAUUGCAAUCUAAAGAUAUGGACAUCGGUGUUGCUAUACAACAAAUGAAAGGUCUUAUUGAGUUUUUUAAAGACUUUAGAGUAAAUGGGUUUCAAAAGGCAAUGGAUGAAGCUAAGGAUAUUGCAAGAGCGAUGGGAAAUGAACCUACAUUUCAUGAAGUUCGUAACACCCGUACUACCGAACCAACAUCAGGUGAGGAGUUUUUUAGAAAAAAUUACUUCUUAUAUAUAGUAGAUAGUGCUAUGUCUUCAUUCCGAACCAGAUUUGAACAAUUUCAAAUGUACGAAGAAAUAUUUGGGUUUUUGUAUGACUUGAACACGUUGAAAUAUAUGAGUGAGGAUGAAUUGAUGAGUGCAUGUGUUGCACUUGAAGCUUAUUUGAAGCAUGGUAGAUCUAGUGAUAUUGAUGGCAGGAAAUUAUGUAUGAAACUAAUCGUCAUGCGAAUUGUACUACCUAGUUCGUGUAGUAAGCCAAUCGAUGUCUUACAAUUUUUACUAAGAAUGGGUGGUUGUUACCCUAAUGCAUGGAUUUCUUAUAGGAUAUUGCUUACGAUUCCAGUCACAGUCGCCUCUGCGGAAAGAAGUUUUUCUAAGCUAAAGUUGAUUUUCUCGUAUCUUCGAUCAACUAUGUCGCAGGAAAGACUAGUAGGAUUAUCUAUGUUAGCAAUUGAAAAUGACAUGGCUAUGCAAGUUGAUUUUAAAAUUGUACUUUCUGAUUUCGCAUCCAGGAAUGCAAGAAGGGUCAUUUUCGAAUAG